ACGUUUGCUGGUCCUUGCAGAAGGGUGUGUUUACAUUGACGUCACAGCAGUUUGCCGAAAGGAUCAAGUUCUGAUACAUCAGCAUCAUGUUCCAUGGGAUACCCAGUACAGGAGGUGUAGGAGGAGCUCCUGCCAAUAAACCUGAGUUAUAUGAGGAAGUGAAAUUAUACAAAAAUGCAAGAGAACGAGAGAAGUACGAUAACAUGGCAGAGUUGUUUGCUGUUGUGAAGACCCUUCAGGCACUGGAGAAGGCUUACAUCAAAGACUGUGUCACACCUAAUGAAUACACUGCCUCCUGCUCCAGACUGUUGGUUCAGUAUAAGGCUGCUUUCAAACAGGUGCAGGGCUGCGACGUGGGCUCCAUUGAUGAUUUCUGCAGGAAGUACAGGCUCGACUGCCCACUUGCCAUGGAAAGGAUUAAGGAGGAUCGGCCAAUCACCAUCAAGGAUGACAAGGGCAACCUGAACCGCUGCAUUGCAGAUAUAGUUUCUCUCUUCAUCACCGUGAUGGACAAACUGAGACUUGAAAUCAGGGCCAUGGAUGAGAUCCAGCCAGACCUGAGAGAGCUAAUGGAAACCAUGAACAGAAUGAGCAACAUGCCUCCGGACUCAGAGGCUAAGGACAAAGUCAGCCUCUGGUUGACCACCCUCAGCAGCAUGUCAGCCUCAGACGAGUUGGAUGAUAAUCAGGUGCGCCAGAUGCUGUUUGAUCUGGAGUCGGCCUACAAUGCCUUCAAUCGCUUCCUCCACUCUUCCUAAAGCAUCAUAAAUUCUGACUCUAAAAACUCUUAAGUUAAAAAUAGAAAUACGCUCUCCUUAUGGUUAUUGGUAGAGAGUGGAUUUACAUCUGGACAGGGUUUCUGCCUCACAACCUCCCAAUUAUUUCCUGUCAUUUGUUUCUUAUGUCCUUUUUAUUCAUGUUCUAUACUAUUCAAACUUCACGGCCUUGUGUACUCCACUGUGUCUGGUACAUUAUGCUGCCUGCAGCCUUGCCCACCAGGCUCAUCCUGCGCUGUGAGAUCCUCCAUUGGCCUGUUUUCUAGCCAAACUUGUGUGAUAAAUCCUUUAACAUUGGCUGUUUAUUCUGCCCUUGACAAAACAUUUUACUUCUGACUUUGUACUGUAAUACUGUAAUACAAAGGUCUAAUUUUCUACUUAGGUUUUUGCAGAGCACCAAUAAAUAAGCAUGAUAAUUAGAUUGGGCAAAGCCUGCACAUGAAGAAAAGGUUACAAAACCCAAAGCCUUUGUAUUAUUGGAAAGAUGAAUAUAUAUUUGCUUCGUUUUGGUACCCUAAUUCUGUCCACUGCCUGUCACUUGGGGUCAGAUUAGCAUUUUUUGUUCUGUAUACCAUGUUUGUUCUUUUAUGAUACACAUUUCUACUGUAGAAUCCUGCAACAGUUUUUGUCGAUAGAGUAGAAGAACUCGAUAGAGUUUAAGAUGUUUAGACUGCACUUCAAAUUAAUUGUAUUGAAACUAUGGUGGAAGGACUGAUGUAUGUACAUUUUCUAGCCCUGUUUUCUGUUAACAUACCUACUCUAUAUUUCCUUUAGAAGUGAGGGUUCGGCCACAUUAAGUGGGCAAACUUGAUCCUCCUUAUUUAUGCUUGCUAAAUAUGUUUUAACCGUCAAACAACAUUAGGGAGAACAUAUUUAUUCAGAUUUAUCAUUGUAAAUACUAGUUUUGAUUUUUAAAUAAGAGCAUGUAACACCUUUUCAGAAAUAAAGAUAAAAAUCUACCUCCAA